CCUCGCCUGCGGCCGCCUCGCAUUAACGGCGAGAAAUCUCCCCUGUGCUCUGCUCCCCAUCAAUCCAGUCCUCCGGCGCUCGCCGAGCAGCACCCCAAUACCGCAUCUUUAGCAUGCCAAUUAUAGACUAAUGCCAUUCCGUGGAGAUCAUUAACACCCUGCUUUCCUCCUCCAGUCCUCCACGCACUACUGCUCACUGUCCCAAUCGUCGCCGAUCCAUCGGAUUGCCGGGCGCGUCCGUCUCCACUGGAUCCUGGUCUCGCUUUCGCCGCUCGCUUUUUACCUGGUUGGCCGCCCGCGACGGAUGAGUCUCCUCUGCUGCGUGCGACGGCGAGGCUUUGACUUGUGCCACUGGACUUUCGAUUUCGGCGGACGCGUGACGUGUACAAGACGUGGCCUUGGCGUGUGCUGCCGACGGAUGAGUUCAGCACGCUCGGAUCAUCCCUGUUACCUGCACGCCAGUGUGCUAGCAGUUAGUCUGAAAGUUUUUGGCGACUGUUCAGUGGAUGCCUGAUCCUAACGUCCCUCCCGCGAUCUCUAUCAAACAGCUAAAUCGUGGUUCGGAUUUGGAGGAUCGGUCCGGGGCAUGGGAUGGGUUAGGCAAAAAGCCGCCUUUGCGAUUUACUCUAGUAUAAGAAAGAGUGAGGAUACAACUAAGCGAAGGACCUCUAAAAGCAAAAGCUUCAGAGAUGUUGAAAAUUUUGAAGUUCUUGUCCUUGAAAAGAACUGUGGUUGCAAGUUCAAAUCUUUGAAGAUCAUGAUCAUAGCUAUCAUUUCUGCAACAGUUCUUACCCUUAUAACCCCAACCUUGUAUGAGCACCAAUUGCAGUCAGCCUCUCGGUAUGUGGAUGUCGGUUGGAUGUGGGACAAAACAAGUUCUGACCCGCGAUAUGCAUCCUCUGUUGAUGUUCAGUGGGAUGAUGUAUAUAGAGCAUUGAGAAAUCUAAAAAGUGGUAAUCCAGAUCUCAAAGUUGGACUCUUGAAUUUUAAUAGCACUGAGUAUGGCUCUUGGACACAGUUGUUGCCGGACAGCCAUGUUUCCAUUAUAAUACUUGAGAAUGCCCAGGACAGCAUUACUUGGCAGACACUGUAUCCUGAAUGGAUCGAUGAGGAGGAAGAAACGGAGAUACCCUCCUGUCCAUCUCUCCCAGAGCCCAAUGUUCGAAAAGGUGUACGCUUUGAUGUCAUUGCCGUGAAGCUUCCUUGUACCCGUGUUGCGGGUUGGUCAAGAGACGUUGCACGGCUCCAUUUGCAGCUCUCAGCAGCAAAAUUGGCUGUGGCCUCUUCGAAGCGCAAUCACAAGGUCCAUGUGCUUUUUGUAAGUGACUGCUUCCCAAUUCCGAAUCUCUUCCCGUGCAAGAACCUUGUGAGACAUGAAGGCAAUGCUUGGUUAUAUAGUCCUGACUCGAAAGCAUUAAGGGAAAAGCUCCGGCUUCCAGUCGGAUCUUGUGAGCUUGCUGUUCCUCUCAAAGCAAAAUCGAGACUUUUCUCAGUAGAUCGACGAAGAGAAGCAUAUGCAACAAUACUGCAUUCAGCAAGUGAGUAUGUCUGCGGUGCUAUCUCAGCAGCUCAAAGCAUUCGCCAAGCAGGAUCGACUAGGGAUCUGGUCAUCCUUGUUGACGAGACCAUAAGUGAUCACCACCGGAGAGGAUUGGAAUCUGCAGGGUGGAAGGUCAGAAUAAUCCAAAGAAUCAGGAACCCGAAAGCUGCGCGUGAUGCUUACAACGAGUGGAACUACAGCAAGUUCAGGUUGUGGCAGCUGACCGACUACGACAAGAUCAUCUUCAUCGACGCUGACCUCCUCAUCCUAAGGAAUGUUGACUUCCUGUUCGCCAUGCCAGAGAUCACUGCGACUAGCAACAACGCAACGCUCUUCAACUCCGGCGUCAUGAUCAUAGAGCCUUCCAACUGCACGUUCCAGCUGCUGAUGGACCACAUCAACGAGAUCACGUCGUACAACGGCGGGGACCAAGGUUACCUGAACGAGAUUUUCACAUGGUGGCACCGCAUCCCCAAGCACAUGAACUUCCUGAAGCACUUCUGGGAGGGCGACAGCGAGGAGAUGAAGGCGAAGAAGACUCAGCUGUUCGGCGCCGAUCCCCCGGUCCUCUACGUUCUCCACUACCUCGGCCUGAAGCCAUGGCUGUGCUUCAGGGACUAUGACUGCAACUGGAACAACCCCUCGAUGCGCGAAUUCGCUAGUGAUGUCGCGCACGCCCGGUGGUGGAAGGUGCACGACAAGAUGCCCCGGGAGCUCCAGUCCCACUGCCUCCUGAGGUCACGGCAGAAGGCCGGGCUGGAGUGGGACCGGAGGCAGGCUGAGAAGGCCAACUCUGAAGACGGCCAUUGGCGCCGCAACAUCACCGACUCCAGGCUGAAGACCUGCUUUGAGAAGUUCUGCUUCUGGGAGAGCAUGCUGUGGCACUGGGGCGAGAACAGUAACAGGACGAAGAGCAGCCCCGCGACGGUGACGACGACGGCGAGCUUGGCGAGCUCAUGAUCUGUAGAUAUACAAACAACUUCCCAUAUGGCAACCAUAUAUACCUGCAUAGCUUUAGUUUGUAUAGUACCAAUGCUUCUUAGGUCUCUGCUAUACAAAACAUACCCCUCCCUGUUGCUGUCAUGGCUGCAGCUCGAUGUCAGCUGCCGGCCUGCCUCGAUGGCUAACGAUUCUUUUGGGUUGGCUGAGAUAAUAAGUUACUUUUACAUGUAAAUUUCCCUGCUGAAAUUCUGUGAGCGUGAGCGAGAAGUGCAUUUGUACAGGGCGCCAGUUAAUAAGCGGUUACCGCAUGGAAAAUAUGGCUAGUUGUACAGUGUACAGCGA